CGUCUAGCAAUCGUUGAGGUCACAAAUGUUGCUUUACGUCGCCAUGAAGGGAGACAUUAUUUACUGUCAUUAAACAUAAUAAUAUUUCAGAUAAUGUACUAAAAUCAAAAAAAAAUUUGGAAAGUAGAAGUUAGUACUUAUCACACAACUUCUUUCAUUAAUCUAGAGCGAGCAUACUUAACCUGCAGCCCGGCGGACUCUUAUGGUUGGCCCAUCUGGUGUUAUUUUAUUUUUAUGGUAGGACUCAGUCUUUCAGUAAUGGUGCCAAAUCAGAAAACAGAGCACAUUUUUAUGAAAUUUUCUUAAAUAGCAAAUCCUGCUCUCGUUCUACGGACAAUGUGGAUAAUUUACGCUCCGACCGUUCUCGUUUUAUGGGGUAUGAACAAACUAUUCGUCAAUCCACAACUCAUCCGUCAUCAUGCUAGCGACCAGACGGCAGCGAUCAUACUCGACUAAAUUAUUCGAUGUAAUCAAAAGCGAUUUUUUUAUAUUUUUAUUAGAGAGACUUAACAAAUAUAAUUUCAUUCGCCUGGAAGCUGGAAGACGGCUUCUGUGAAUUCAGAAGCGAGUUCAGAUGAUGUUUUCAGCAAACGGAUGCAGGGGACAGACGAGUAGGCAUCGAGUGUGGUUAUGUUUUUCGUCGCUCCAUGUUCACUCUCGUUAUUUUUUAUUCGUCAAUGUCCUUUUAUCAGGUCUUCGGCUUUUCUGUGUAGAAAACCCGCAAAGCCCGCAAAAAAAGAGUGUUCCCCGCUUCGAUAAACUGAAUUCAGAGGAAGCAAGGAGCAAGAGGAAGCAGAGGAAGAAAUAGAGAAAGAAAGAAAGAGAGAAAGAAAGAGAGAGAGAGAAAUAAAGAGAGAGAGAGAAAUAAAAAAGAGAGAGAGAGAGAGAGAGAGCGAGAGAGAGAGAGAAAAAAAAAGAGACAGAGAGAGAGAGAGAGAGAAAGAGAGAGAGAGACGGGUCGUAGGGUGAGAUUGCAACUAAAUGCCCGAAUGACUGUUGAGUCAUGUUGACGGAUAAAUUGUCGGGAGAAGUCAAAACUCAUUUCCAAUUGUGUACGAAGGUGAAUUUCUUCAUAGUCCGCUAACUAUCCUCAGUUGAAUAGUACUUUUCUAAGCCCUGGACACGAUAAAUUACGAAAUACAACACAGGUCGCAUUAAUAUUAGAGGAAUUUAUAAAAACGAAAAUGCAAGCUAAAGGGCAGAUUUAAAUUAUGAUUGGAUCAAUAUGAUGACAGUAAACUCAGUAAAAGAGAAAUGCAACAUAUACUUCAUAAUUCUAUUAUCUUCAUUCAAAACUGAUGAUAUUUAAAACCGGACGAACCACGAUCAUAAUUUCUCUUUGAAGAAAUUCGUUGAAAAACAAAAAAAAAUGAAUAAUUUCAACGCACUAAGGUAGGGAAAGUGGGGGUAAGAUUGGCAGGUACCAUCUUGAUUAUGAAUACAUUAUGAAUUUCAAAUUUUAGUGGUUUCAAAUUAAAAAUUCAAUUCGCUGAUGGUUAUAUUUCGGUUUGGGAGUUAAAAGAGAAGCGAUAUUAGAUAUGUACCGAAAAAUAAAUUCAUUUUUGAGUGAAAAUUUUUAAUUAUUGAAAUAAUUGUACUGGUGGGGUGAAACGGCCAGUUGCUGGUGAAAGCGAGAUGGACUGUGAAAAGUCUGUUUAUUCUAUUCUUAAGGAAUGCCCUGCAUCGACUGGAAUCUGAAUGCAAGGGAUGUAAGUGACUUGAUCGAUUUCUCUUCAUCGACUUUUUCUUUAGUCAAUAAUUCAACUACAAAAACGUUCCAAUUUGAGUUUGCUAUAGAAUCCGAUAGAUGAGAUUUUGGCCUAUCUUCCACAUUGUUAAAUACAGCUGGGAAUGAGUUUGCAGCUAAGUUAUGACCAAAAGAGAGAGUCGAUGUAGAGAAAUCGAUCAAAUCACUUACACCCCUUUCAUCUAAGCCCCUCAAAUGAAGUCCGAAGUAUUAUGCAUAAUGUAUAUUAUAGUGCAAAUCCACAUUCCGCAGCAAGUUCCGAAUGAAAUAUCGGGAUAACUAUUUGUAUUGGCACCCAAAACCAUACGUUUCGUUUCGAGAUUACAGUAGAUCUCGACGUUUCAAGCGAUUUGAAGACAUUUGGCGUUUUUCGAAAACCCCGAUUUCUUUUGCUCCCCCCUUGGGUGAAUUUUCGAUUUUCAAAAAACUCAAACUUUGACCGCUUUGCGCCACUCUCCUUUAAGUCCGAUUGAGCUGAUAUUUUGCAUAGGGUGUUUUUUCGAGGUGGUAAACUUUUUUAUGGGGUAAUUUUUUGAAAUUCGGGAUUACCAUUUUCAUUGACACCUUAAUGUCUGUAUUUUACCUCGAAAAAAAAGUUCAACUUUUUAGUCUGUUGCAAUAUCAGUAAAUCAAUGUUUUUACUGAAAUUGUAGCAGACAAAAAAUUGUUUUUUCAAUAUGGGUAAUAUAGACAUUUUUAUGUCCGAUCCAUCGGACAAACCAACAUCAUCUAGCCUAUACAAUUUUAUUUUAUUUUUGUAUUUCAAAUAUGACCUAUUUCAAGAAAAAAUAAAGUAUUUCAACGUUAAAGAUAAAAUUAGUGCAAUAAGUGCAGUUUGAAAUGGAAGACUCACCAGAAAUUGUAUCAAAUGAUAUUACAGCGAAGUUAGAAAAGAUAGAAGUUGGGUGUCAAGGACACAAAGCCUGCAAAUCGCUAAUGGAUGACCCUUUAUAUUACUACCAUGGUUGUAGAAUUGAAGAAAUAAUUCCUAGUACUUCUGAUAGCGAGCCUUCUUGGCAACGCUAAAAAAUACUCAAGUCAGUAAAUUUGCUUAUGAAAACUUAUCGGACUUGGAAACAAUCUUAACGCUUGUGUUUAGCUAAAUCUCUAUUGAAAUAAUGGGAUUGUUCAUAGUUCUAGAAUUAUUCGAUCGGCUAAAAGUAACUCGCCGGAAUGUGUUCGGGAUGCUUUAUGCCCUUUCACGUUUGGUUCGGAAUUGGUUUAGAUAUUGCUCCUUUUCGUUGUUGCUGAUCCAUUGUGUCAACCUUCUGCUCCGCGUGGAUCGAUUUUAAUUAAUUGCGUGCACUCUCUUCGAGGUAAUCAGUAGUGUUGGUGUGGGAUAUUUUACUCGACUAGAGGUUGUCUUUUUCGUGUCUGGAUUGUAGCUGCAUGAAAUGUCCCAUCUUCUCGUUACGUAGUUCACAACUCACAUCAAGCUAUGGUGUUCCGUUUCGCAUGUUACACAGUUAUCAUGUUUCGUCAAAGUUGUGUUGAGAUCUGUCUUUGGUGCCAACAUGAAAAGAUAUGUAAUUUAGUUUAUUUGAUAUUUUAACUGAGCUGAUUUUAUUUUUUGCUAUGAAUAUUAACGUUUGGAUUGUUUACUUUACUCACCCAAUUUAUGACUAACUGCAUAUUUAUUCCCUGAUCCUAGCAUCCAAAAUCAAGCAUGAAACUGAAUGAAAAUCUGAAAAUCGUUGGAAGCAACGUUAUUCUGGUGCCAUACGAAAGGAAACAUGUGGAAAAAUAUCAUCAGUGGAUGAAAAGUGAGGAACUACAGGAGUUAACUGCCUCAGAGCCGCUCACACUAGAAGAGGAAUAUCAAAUGCAGCAAUCCUGGCGAGAAGAUAACGACAAAUGCACAUUUUUAAUCCUCGAUAAAGCUGAUUUCGAGCAACAUGGAGACGAGAUUCGAGCCCUUGUUGGAGAUACCAAUAUAUUUCUGCAAUCAGAAACUGAUGACGACGAUGAUAACAUCAGAACGGGUGAAAUUGAAAUCAUGAUCGCGGAGCAGCUUGCACGAGGCAAACGUUACGGCCGAGAAUCAACCCUUCUGAUGCUUUUGUUCGGCAUUAAACAACUGCACAUAACUCGGUACAAGGCGAUAACCAAGGAGAACAAUACGAAAGCCAUAAAAAUGUUCGAAAGUUUUGGUUUCCGGGAGACGAAACGAGUCGCCGUCUUCAAAGAGGUCACCUUCGAAAAACUGGUCGAUGAAGAGUGGCUCGCCUGGAUCGAACGGGAAGUUUCUCUAAAGCUUGAAUCAUAUCACAAACGCUAAUUGCUGUUACCGAUUCGGCGUUUAUUAUUAUUAUUAUUUCAAAUCGUUUCUAGUCUUUAGAAUGUCUCACACUAAUUCCCUUCGCAGCGUGCUUUUCCCCCGGGGGGCCUCGACCGUUGGUAUUCUAACCGAAACCGAAAGCCAUUUUACCUGAUUCACCUGCGCUUCAAUUUCUAACCGCUUACAAUCUACGGAACAAUCCCUAGCACAAUUGUUCCUAUCGUUCACAUUAGCUAUAUUUGGCAGAUUAUAAUGUUACCCUUUUCACGUUGUAUUCUUGUUUUUAAAUUAAUAUUUCUCGUAUUUUCCGUCUAUUCGUCUAAUAUACACGAAAAUAAAAUAAACUAAAAAUAGACUAUUACAUUCUCUUUAGUUCACACUCACACACUCUUUAUAUUAAAUAUUCCGUCGGGGUUGGGAAGAGCGAUCG